AUGAAGUUAGAAGAUCAAGUGCUCUCAUACGGAAUGGAAAUACCUAAAAAUAUGGCUAAAGACGCCGAAUAUAAUAAUCAUAUUCAUGACUCUCGUUCCAACAGCAAUGUCAACAUGAGUGUAAAUAUGGAAAUGCAGGAUUAUGUGCCACACAUAGAUCGAAGAGAAAGUUUGUCAGCUUGUGUGGAAGCUUCUCUCAUGGAUAACAAUAGAAACAAUUUGGAGAGGACUUACAGCAACAUUUAUCAGCGAGUUCAACCUCCUUGCUACGAAAGCAAUCAACAUUUAGAAGAUGCUCAAGAAAAGUACUGCGUUUCACCAUAUGCACAAUCCGAAAUCGUCAACAGACCAUUAAGGAGUAACGACAUGCUAGAAACGACGCAGUGUCAAAGAAUUAAGGAAGAAUUUGCGAAUAUUAGUCUCGAAACGGGGCAAGGUGUUGAGGAGAGUGGUAUGAAAUCUUGCAUUGAAACGGGUAAUGUCAUGAUGAAAGAAAAUGAUAUAGGUGACAGCAAACCUAGCAUUGUUCAGGAUAAAAUGGAAGACGGAAAGGAAAAGGAUAUCAGCGGGCCUAAAAAGACAGGUGCUGGGAUGAGAAGAUUGGAAAAACCACCGUUUUCUUACAUAGCCCUGAUCGUAAUGGCCAUUCAGAGCUCUCCUACGAAGCGAUUGACUUUAAAUGAAAUUUACGAAUUUCUGCAGCAAAGGUUUUCUUUUUUCCGUGGCUCAUACCAAGGAUGGAAGAAUUCUGUCAGGCAUAACUUAUCAUUAAAUGAUUGCUUCAUCAAGCUUCCCAAAGGUCUUGGUCGGCCAGGUAAAGGCCAUUACUGGACUGUCGAUCCAGCCAGUGUCACCGUUUUCCAAGAUGGUUCAUCCAAAAGGAGACCGAGGGGAUUUCGAAGGAAGUGCCAAGACAUGCAAAGAUACACGAUGUUCUACCAAGGUGUUCCUAGUCCACCCAUGAUGGGAUUUGACAUGAUGAACCAAGCAAAUCUACCAUGUGGUCCAUACCCAGAAAAUGCAUUCGCUAACAUAUUUCAAUCAUAUCCACCAGACAGCGAGGACAUGAAACGAAAUUCGAGAAUAGCCGUCAGAAGAAAAUGUGCGGUGCCUUUUUAUCCAUAUUACUACCAAAACCCCAACCCCAGUGGCUCAAUGGUAGGGUACGAUGGUAUUCCUCAACAGAACCCGAACAUCCCUACCGGAUCCGGCAUCCAGCCUUGCCUGAGCCCGGACCAGAUGAUGAUUCCGGGAGUCAGUACCGGAUCAUCACCCCAUUACGGCUACCCGUUGGCCCCCGGGAACAACACUUCAGCGAUUAAUUUCGGAACGAGCGGUGGACAUUACAUGACUAGUUGCGCGGUGUCUACGGCAUCCUCCGGGAUGUCGCCUUUGAGUUCCCCCGUGGCGGGCUCGGAUUUCGGCGGCAUAGCCACCACGGCCACCCCGUCCAUUGCGUACGCCGCGGAAUUAUCGUCUGCGUCGUGGGUCGGGAUGGGGGCCGUGGAGCAGACGGAACGCAUCAAGCAUCCUCUAAGUCCGGCGAGCAGUGUGACCAGUUCACUCUCACCCAACACCGCCACCCCCACAACACCAGCGACCAGUGAAGGGGGCAAUAAUUAUGCUGUUGCUUCUUGCCCAGAGCAGAUUUGCCAAAGGGUCAUGAGCAAUGAGUCGGCCGAAAUGCAGCAAAUCGGUGGUGAGUCUAACUUCUAA